CCUCACCUGCUUCCCUCUUCAUUCCGCGCAAGCAUUGUCGGAGCAAGGUGUGUCUGGGGCUGGGCGAUGAUGGGAUGGUUCACUCGGUGUUCCCACUCAGAGGCUGUCUACAAUGUGGAGAGCCGGUCCCAGAUGUGAACGAAGCAGCUUCAACAGACAGAGCAAAAACACACCGCGAGUUUAAAGGAAGAUGCGAGUUUCUCACUGGUCCGGCGUGGUUUCCCUCCAGCUCAGCCUGUACCUGGUUGCAUUUGCACAAGGAAGUACAUCAAAUCACACUGAAGAUGUGAAAUUUAGAGGAACUAAAAACACACAAAAGCAUGUCUUAAUAAAAAGCAACAAGAUAUCGCCCCUAAGCCAGUGGAUGAUGCAGACUCUGCCAAGUACAGGGAAUUCGACUCUCCUGGGAUUUCCAUACUCCUCACCAGUCUCUUACUCCAAACAGGAUCUUUGGGAUUGGUUGGGAAAUAUAUCGGAUCAACAUGAAGACCCCCAGUCUCGAGUCAAGAGACGUCCAAUUGUUAAAACGGGGAAAUUUAAGAAAAUGUUUGGAUGGGGCGAUUUUUAUUCAAACAUCAAAACCGUGAAAUUAAACCUCCUCAUCACUGGAAAAAUCGUAGACCAUGGAAAUGGUACGUUCAGUGUGUACUUCCGUCACAAUUCCACCGGCCAGGGAAAUAUUUCAGUCAGCCUUGUGCCACCCACAAAAGCAGUCGAAUUUGACCUGGCUCAACAAACAAUAAUUGACGCCAAAGAUUCAAAAAUAUUUAACUGCCGUGUCGAAUAUGAAAAAAUUGACAGAGCGAAAAAGACUGCACUAUGUAAUUAUGACCCGUCCAAGACUUGUUACCAGGAACAGACACAAAGCCAUGUGUCCUGGAUCUGUUCCAAACCCUUUAAAGUUAUAUGUAUCUACAUUUCAUUUUACAGCACAGACUAUAGACUGGUGCAGAAGGUGUGUCCUGAUUAUAAUUAUCACAGUGACACUCCCUACUUUCCAUCUGGAUGAAGCAGAGGGGGUGGGGAAAUGUAUUUUUUUUAACAACAUGUGGAUUUGGAAUGAUUAGCAGAUUGACUUGCACACUAAAGGUCUUGGGGUGAUAACAGUUUAGUAACGGUUGUUAAAAGUGUUCUGUGCCUGUUAUUACAGCAUUGUGCAGCUCUACAAGUGUCAGUAAUAAUGUCUAAAAAAAAAUCCACCACAAAAAUAUUCACAAAAGUUCAUGUGGAAUAUCAACUUUCAUGGGACACUUCAACAGUUGGUGUCUGUUUCUGUCCCAUUGGUAAUAAAUAUUCAUGGCUAGAAGAGCUUCAGACUCAUGUUGGAAAUAGUUUAUGGUCUAUGAAAUAGUCCGGGUGACAAAAAUAGCAAAAUAUUUGACCAAUCAUUACCUAAUUAUCAUCUAAAAUCUUACUUAAUGAUUUGAUAUCAAAGCUUCUAAAUAAUUUUUCAGGUAGACAAAGUACAUUACAUUAAUAGUAAAAUGGAUGAAUAAUUAAAUAAUUGCCUCCUCCAUUAACUGAGGACACUGGUAAAUUGUAGAUAUUAUGUAAAAUGGCCACAUGUCUAAACAACUUCCACUCAACAUGUCUUGUUUAAUAAUCUCUGCUUCUCCCAGUCCCCGAUGUGCCUGUUACCUUCAUAGCAUAGUUUUAUAGGUCAGGCGGAAUUAAUAUUACAUUAUUUAUCAUAGCAUCUGGAUAACAGUGAUUGAAAACUUAUAGUAAAGGGAGGAUGUCAAAGUAGGCGAGCUCAUUAACUUAGUGUUCAUUUUCCUUUCUCUUUGUCGAAUUGAAACAUUCUUCCUCAUGCUGUUAAUUUUUUGCCCUGCAUGGAUAACAAUGGUUUGUGAGUAUAUUUGCCACCAAGCCACCUUAGCAGUCAGAUAAUGUCUCUGACCAAAAGAGAUACAAUAUCCUAUUGUUACAUUAUUAACUACAGUCUUCUAGUUUACUUAUUUUAAGAUAAAAAUUGGGGCGGGGGGGAAAGAGAGAGAUGUAAAUGUAAAUUUAGUAUCUCUUCAAGAAAUUAACUAAUGCAUGAGGAUGAGGAUAAGGUUGUGGUCAAUGGAGCUGUCACCUGCUGUGCAUGUAAUAACAAUAAGGGAGUCUUGGAGGUCUGGAAAGGAUGUGAGUACCAAUAACAGCACAAGUAUUUUAACUAUUAUACAUAAUGCCAUUGUUUGCACUGAGAAAUGCUCUCUUCCACACUGUGUAUGUAAACUGGUAUGUCUCUGUUGUGUGUAUGUGUUCACUUCCACUAUUUGCUCAGUUACUCAAAAAGAGGAAAACCUGAGAAGACAAAUUGUUAAUGAACCUUACUUGUCAGUCAAAAGAUGGAAACCAGUUUGAGCCAAUUUUUUCACCAUUUUUGUUUCUCAUAAGAAUACCCAGACAGCCAAAUUUGUGUAAACAUAUUCAAUGUUAGCUGGUAGAAUUAGUAAAAUGCACUAUACACUGUAUAUGAGAACAUUUCAUAAGGCAACUCUUUCUGAACAAAUAGUAUCUGUAAUUUUUUUGAAGAAAAGCUAGCAAAUCCUAAGAAGGUACUUACUGGUGGAGUAAUUGCACGUACUUAGGCCACCCACCUGUCAUCUCAUGACAGGUAACAUCAGUGUGACUACCUUCUUGAGGAAACUCACAAUUAUCGAAACUUUAGACAUUUCUGAUUUGUAAUUGGAGACCAUGAGGGCUAUGAAGCUUCUCUCUGGAUAGUUCCGUCCUCACCAAUAGCUGAGGUGAAAGUUAUUAACUCAUCUUGAGGUCAGUUGGUUAGAUUGGUCCUGUCGAGCACCUAACUUGUGGUUGAUGUUGUUGAAUUAAUUAAAUACCAAAUAGUAGCCCUUCUUGACAUGGUACAAUGACCUGCUUCCCACUUUGAGCUUUAGCACAUAGGCAUGUUUGCAAAUGCAUAGAUGUAAUAUUUAUUAGUUCUCUGAGACUGCAAGCAUUCAGCACCGACUAGAAUUUGGAUCUUCCUUUCUCUAUUAGAUGAGUUGAACUACUUCUUGUCUGGGUCAUGAUGUGAUGCAGGAGAAGGUAGCAAUGUCACGGAAAGGUGCACUCCAAACAUAAUCAUUAUGUCUCCUUCAGCCAAUAAGAGAACAACACUGAGAGGCUUGUCAGCAUUACCAUCCUUAUUUAACGGUUAAAAUAGAGGGAACUGUGACACUGAAAAUAAUUUAGGUUUCUUUUUCAAGCUGUAUAACUCAGGACAUUCAUCAGAAAUCUCCCCUUCAACUCAUACUUUAUCAUCACUACCACGAUCAGCAGUGCUGGACCACAUUAAUCUAUCAUACUUACUAAUGACAAGCAUCAUCAAUCAAUAAAAUAUUAAUCUAGGUGUGUCUAAUCAAAUAAUGAAGCAAUAUGUCUGAUCAAAGUCUGUAACAAUCAAUCUUUCAGAUCCACGACAUUUUAUUUGGCCACCAAUGACAGCUGUAAAAGAAGUAUGGUCACCAUAGAAACAUGACAUGAUGAUCUUAUUCACCUCAUAAAAUUUCAGUCACUUGAAGUGUGAUGUAACAAUGACUGUUAACAAGUGAUUUUUAUGCUGUUCAAAAAAUGAACGGCUAUAAACCUUCACCUACAUCAAUGAUACACAUAUAACACUGGAGAAACAGAUAUGAAAACCUAAGUUUAUUGAAUAAGCAUCACAGUAUGAUCAAAAAUAAGCCUUUGAGUUUAUUUUUAACAGUGUUACUGAACCACAAAUGCUACAGCUCAUCAGAUUCAGAUCAAUUAUGAAACUAGGGUAGAUUGUCCAAUUCCCCUCACUUAGGUCAGAUGCCUUAACUGUAAAUCAGAAAUCCUGUGGUGAUUCAGGAUUCAUAAAAUCUACCUACAACACCAAAUUAUUGAUGCAUCAUAAAGCAGGAAAAGCAGACAAGGGAAAAAGAUAAUAAAGUUUACAUUAUAUAGCUUUUUUGACAUUCCCAGAACAUCUCAAAAUGCCUCAAGAACCAAUAAAUUAUUUUUUAGAUAUUUUCCGAAUAAACCUGCUCAGAGAUGUUACCAUACACCUCAAGAGCAGGUCGGACCUCAACCCAGGCCCCCUUGGCCCAGAGGUAAGAAUAUUAUCACUGCACCACAAAUUACUUCUCAACAUACAGGGUGAAACCUAAUACAGGGUGAGGAGGUCAUCAGACUGAGCACUGCAAUGCCUCUUCUAGGGAAGGCCUGAUGUAUUAGGUGCCACUCAUGUACUUAACUGGGUGGCAGCCAUCUUCCACAAGACCAAGGACAUCAGGGGUGGAGAAGUCUUUCCCACCACAGGGCAGUUAGUGGUAGCCCUAUUGAAUGGCAGCAUCACUGGAGGGGAAGACGUGAGGACUGCAGAUGCUGGAGAUCAGAGUCAAAACGUGUGGCACUGGA